AUGGCCCGCCCGCUCGCUCCCUCGCUCGCUCGCCUGAGGGCCGAGACGCCUCCUCCCGGCGGGCCGCGCGCCGGCGCACUUCCGGUCCCCGCGCGACGCUCUUCCGGCGCGCGCGCCCGACGCACUUCCUGUCUGCGCGCUGACGCACUUCCGGUCCCCGCGGCCGCCGGGAGCCGCGCGCUCUCCGGCAGCCGUUGCCCGGCGCCUCCCGGUGCGAGCAGGCGACAGCGGCGUCGCCGCCGGCGGCCACCCUGUCGGGGAGCGGCCCUGGCGGCCCGGGAGCCGGGCGCCGAGGCGGGCGCCGAGCGGGCGGCGCAGGAACGAGGCCGCCCCGAGCCUGGAGAGCCGCGGGCGCCCGACGCCGCCGGGACUCCGCCGCAGCCCCGGGAGCGGCGGAGGAGGCGCUGGCGCUGGCGCUGGGGCGGGCGGGAUGAGCCGCUCCCGCCCGCCGGCACGCCCGCGCCCUGCCCAGCGCCCGCCGGGCCCGCCUCGCGGUGGCGCCGACGGCUGCGGCGGCGGCGGUCUCUGGAGCUGCAGAGCUUCGUGGCCAACGCCCUGCUGCUGCGAGCGCGCCGAGGAGGAUUCAGCAAGAAAAGUGGUCGUAGUAAAAGGUGGAAGGAGAUGCUGAAACUGCCCCCUGUCACCCAGUGCCUGGAGCUGAGACAUUCCAUUGAAAAGGAUUUUUACAGCCUUUGUGAGAAGCAGCCAAUAGGACGACUCCUCUUCAGGCAGUUCUGUGAGUCAAAGGAUGUCCUCAAGAGCUGCAUUGAAUUCCUGGAUGCAGUGGCCAAUUAUGAAACAACUGCUGAUGAGAGCCGAAGAGACUGUGGGCUGUUAGUCUUAGAUCAUUUCUUUAGUACUAAGGUAUCAGCUCUUUUGCCAGAAAUUCCUCUGUCUGUGGUAAUGAGAUGUAGGCUGGAGCUAAAGGAGAAUCCUUCCAGAGAAGUCUUUGAGGAGUGCACAAGAUCUGUUUGUAACUAUUUAAGUGGAGAACCUUUCAAAGAAUACCAAGAAACUGCCUAUUUUUAUCGAUUUUUACAGUGGAAAUGGCUAGAAAGGCGCCCAGUAACAAAGAAAACAUUUCGAUAUUACAGAAUUCUAGGAAAAGGUGGAUUUGGGGAGGUUUGUGCCUGCCAAGUGCGAGCUACAGGGAAGAUGUAUGCCUGUAAAAAGCUAGAGAAGAAGAGGAUCAAGCGGAGGAAUGGCGAAGCCAUGGCUUUGAAUGAGAAAAAGCUUCUGGAAAAAGUGCACAGCAGGUUUGUAGUGAGUCUGGCCUACACAUAUGAAACCAGAGAAGCCUUGUGCUUGGUGCUGACCAUUAUGAACGGAGGCGACCUCAAGUUCCAUAUACACAAUCUGGGCAAGCCGGGCUUGGAGGAGAAGCGCGUCGUGUUCUAUGCAGCCGAGCUCUGUUGUGGCCUGGAGGACCUACAGAGGGAGCGGAUCGUGUACAGAGACUUAAAGCCUGAGAAUAUUCUCCUGGAUGAUUGUGGACACAUUCGGAUUUCAGAUCUUGGCUUAGCUGUCGAGGUCCCAGAGGGCACCGUGGUUCGGGGAAGAGCUGGAACCGUCGGCUACAUGGCUCCUGAAGUGCUCAGUAAUGGAAAAUACACGUUUAGUCCUGAUUGGUGGGGACUUGGCUGUCUGAUAUAUGAAAUGAUUCAGGGACAUUCUCCAUUCAGAAAAUUCAAAGAGAAAAUUCCGCGGGAGGAGGUAGACCGAAGAGUGCAGAAUGACAUGGAGGAAUAUUCCAGGAAGUUUUCUGAGGAUGCCAAAUCCAUCUGCAGAAUGUUGCUCACCAAGAACCCCAAGAAUCGUCUGGGGUGCCAGGGCAGAGGGGCAGCUGAAGUGAAAGAACACCCUUUCUUCAGAAGCAUCAACUUCCGGAGGCUGGAGGCAAAUAUGCUUGAGCCCCCCUUCUGUCCUGAUCCACAGGCCGUGUACUGUAAGGAUGUCCUGGAGAUUGGCCAGUUCUCCUCCGUGAAAGGCGUCCACCUCGACACCUCCGAUUCCUCCUUCUACGCCCAGUUUGCCACGGGCUCUGUCUCCAUUCCUUGGCAGAACGAGAUGAUUGAAUCUGAAUGCUUCAAGGACAUAAAUGAAAUCUCGAAUGAGAAAAGCCUGAAAUUAGAUUGUGCUGAGAAUGAACAUGUGGUGACGUCACCCAAGAAAGGCUUCUUCUAUAGAUUACUCAGAAACAGGAUCUGCCUCAACCCCAGCUCCGAGAAGGUGGACGAACAGAGCACCCGAUACUGA